GCCAGAGCAGCAGACCGGACUCUGGUGAACUUUACGCACACAACUUGCUCCUUUCAUUUCGGCUAAAAGAAGACCAUCACAUUGGCUCUUUUAUGAAUCUGGCAAAUUACUCUUACUUCUCUGGCAUGUGCAACAUGACCGCUGAGACGCAGCACUCGCCUGCGGAGGCCAGUCCUGUGGUCAUGUCUCCAAACGUGAGCCUGGACUCUCCGCUGCAGGCUCCCCCGCCUCUGAUGCUGCAGGCCCGGUCCAAGGACAACGUGUUGAUCAAGUCCGAGCCCCGGGGAGGCAGCAGCCCCAGCACGGAGGAUGGGGCAGCUUUAGGGCAGACUGAGGAGCACCUGCCCACCGGGAGCCGCCGCAGGAAGAGGCCGGUGCAGCGGGGGAAGCCUCCCUACAGCUACAUCGCUCUCAUCGCUAUGGCCAUCGCCAACUCCCCCGAGAGGAAGCUCACCCUGGGGGGCAUUUACAAGUUCAUCAUGGAGCGUUUUCCUUUCUACAGAGAGAACUCCAAGAAGUGGCAGAACUCCAUCCGGCACAACCUCACCCUGAACGACUGCUUUGUUAAAAUCCCUCGGGAGCCGGGCCGGCCAGGUAAAGGUAACUACUGGACCUUAGACCCCGCAGCUGAGGACAUGUUUGACAACGGGAGCUUUCUGAGGAGGAGGAAGAGGUUCAAGCGCACAGAUGUGAGCACCUAUCCCGGGUACAUGCAGAGCUCCAGCGCCUUCACCCCGACCCCCAUGGGGAGGCCUUCGUACCCAAACACCCUUUAUGCGGGGAUCGGGUCUGGGUACGGCUCCCAGUUGAGUGCCACGUCUCCGCAUCCGGCCAUGCUGCAUCACUACCAGGCCUCCGGUCAGGGACAGCCGCGCAUGUUCAGCAUCGACAACAUCAUCAGCCAGCAGACAGGUGGAGACCUCAACUCACAGGCGCUGCAGGGGCUGGGACUAGGUGGGGGUGAUCUGGGCACCAUGACCUCCAGCUGCUCGGUCACCGGCACCGACCCCUCUGCGUGCUUCCAGACCCAGUCCGUCAACCCCUCGGCGAACAUGCUGAGCAGAAACAGUGGGAAUCUCUCCUCCAAUCUAACCGCAUAUCCGUACUCCUCCUCAGCCUCCCCUCCGAACCUGCCCACCAUGACCCAGUCCGGGUUCUCUCCGGGUAGCUCUCAGGUGUACUGCUCCGGGAACAGGCUGUCCCUGCCGCCCCUGCGCCCCGGGUCCUGCGCCGAGCACACGGAGCAGCUGCUGGGCCUCUCCAACCCCAUGAACUCCUACAACAACUCCUACAUGAGGCAGGCCAACUUCGCGUCAGGAUUAGAGCGGUAUAUGUGAAGAAAAUCAUAAUUUAUUAUAGGUUUUUAUAGAUCAACAUUAGAGGAACAUGCCCUCAAUGAUCCCAUAAGAAACGUAGGGCAAUAAACACGUUACAAAAGGAUAUAAUAAGGAAAUUAAAGCUUCACAUAAGGCCUAUAUUUCAAAACGUAUGGCCUUCUAUCAUGUAAAAGAUACAUUUUUAAGAUGCUUUAACCAAUUCCAUGAUAGUUGUUCGCAUUAAUCAGAAAAGAAAGAAAUGUUUUGACACAAUACCGAGCCUCAUGAUAAAACAUUCCUAUUGAAAGCCAUUUAGAUCCGUUUGACACAUUCCAUGACUGUAUUUCAGAGUUGAAUGUAUUUUUAUUGUGCCACAUUUCGUUCAUUUUGUGUGUUUUAGAGUAAGUUUUUUUUACAUGUGUUUGUUUUAUCAUUCAAUUCAAGUCUGCUGUUAUCCAUGUAAAUAGUUUGUUGAUGUAUAAAAAACUUUAUCAAAGA